GCAGUGUCCUCCAAUCACAAGACGUAUUUUCCGCCGUAGGGCAAUACAGACGUGAGUUUCAUCCAAUCAAAUCUCUCGACCGCGAUACGCUCGGACGCGUCGCGUUUCAGUCGCUGUAGCUACGCGCUAGGCAAGACAAGCAGUAUGGCGGAAGAAGAGAGUAAAUUUGAGUUAGAAGGUUUUAAAAAAGAAUUGAAUGGUUUAUUUGUCAGUAGUUCAAGUGAAGAAUACGGACUUCAAAGCAAGUUAUAUUGUGUACGGUUCUGUAAGUUGGUGGAGGUGUAUUCAGGACGAUGGCAGGUACCCUUGCCACAGCUGCAGGUGCUCCAGACUGCUCUAUGUUCCUUUGUCCAAGCCUCGGCCUGCUUCCCGUCUGACUGUGAACAUGUAUGCUACACACUGAGUAGCCUUGCCCUGAGUGCUUUUGAGCUCUUGCUGUUUUUGAACAGAAAUAAGAUCCUGCAGGAUCCCUUGAAAAAAAUCCUUGAUUCGUUCCAGGAAUGUUUUUCCCAGCUGGAGAGACACCAGAACAUCCACCUGCUGCAGGUGGGACAGAUCAUCAGAGAGAAGGGACCGUGGACCAACCCCAUACUACAGGCCAUCCUGAAGGACUCACAACUGCCCCGGGAUGAAGUGGACCGGUACCUAAGCUCAGAGGUGCCAGUGUUCUUUGAGCUGCGUGUUCGUUACCUGCUGUCCAGUGAGAUGUUCACAGAGGCGGUGGUCUUGGCUAAGACCUGCUCUCAGCACCCCGUUGCCGGGCGACACCUGUUCUUCCGACAGGCCUACCUCACCUGUCUGUUGAAGGCAUCGCUCCCUCGCCAUAUGCACGAAGAGAUGUCUGACAUUGACGGUAAGGACGCUGUGGAUAUCGUGUGUAACACAGAGAGUGAGGAGAGCGACGAGACGCUCCUGGCCCUCUGCACAGCCUUCCUCUCUCAGCAGCUACACCGGGGAGACAUGUACUGCAUGUGGGAUUUGGUGUUCAUAUGGAGUCGACUCCGCCUGCGGGUCAACCCUUCCAAACAGGCCUUCCUGGAAGAGAGUCAUCGGUUGCUGCUGUCUGCCACCAACAUCAGAUCCAUAUUCUCUUUCAUUAGAGUGAUCCUUGCAGAGCUGGGAAAGGAUGGUCUCCAGUUCUGUGUGGAGCUCUGCACCCACGCCCUCCAGACGAACCCCUGCGACGCCUCCACCAAGUCCCUCGUCUACAAGACGGUAGCCUACCUCCUCCCCAACGACCUGGAGGUCUGCCGGGCCUGCGCCCUCCUCGUCUUCUUCCUGGAACGCACCGUGGAGGCCUACAAAACGGUGUUCCUCCUCUACACGCACCCCGACCAGGAGUACCACGUCGAAGCCGGUCCCAUCGGGAACCACAUCCGCUUUGAGAUCCUCCAGACCCUGAAGAGAGGUCUCUACUUCGAUCCAGAGUUCUGGAACCUUUUGAAUCUCCGGACCAACUGCCUGAAGCUGAUGAGCGAGAAGAAGGCGGCGUUGGCGAGGAUGAUGAUGGAGGAGGAGGAUGAUGGGUGGGUGUCCAACUACUGCAGCACCGCCACCAAAGAGCCCUGUUGCAGCUGGAGCGCUGACCUGUCGGAGCGUGUGCAGCCUAAACAUGUAGAGACUAAACCGGUACAGAAACACGUUCAGAUUAAACCCUUUCAUCAGGUAACAGCGCCCAAAAGGCGGUUCCAAAAAGAAGAGAAGAAUCACGUUUCGACGGCGCCGGUGGCAGCCAAACGUGUCAAAGCUCAAAGGUUGGAAAAAAACUCUGUUGUCGAGUCGCAGCGGCUGCCUGUUAAUCAUGUGACGCCGGCGAUGGCGAAGACUGAGAAGCUGGCUGAACCCCCUGUUGGCGAGGAACAACCUGUUAUAAAAAGAAGAGGGAGGAAGCCUGGGCCGAAGCCGGGACCGCGGUCAUCCGUCAAAACAACAGAGCCCCCAGUCGAGACCACCUCUGUCAGACGGUCCUUCAGACAACUGGACAUGGCGCAGGAGAACCUGGCCAGGCAAGUCGGUCACAGACCACAUAGGCACAUGACCAGACUCUCAGAGAAGAAACCUCCUAAACGGAGGGGUAGGAAACCCCGGUGGCUCCUGGAGGGUACGUUCCAGGCUGAGAACAGUGCUCCCCGGAAGGGUCGCCGACCGGGGAGGAAACCUACACAGCAGAAGACCCAGCAGACACCAGUGGACAAGACCAAUAAGACCUCUCGGUCUGGUGCCACUGUCAAGGAAAGCACAACCAAACAAAAGAAUGCUGUGACCUCACAAAAUAAAAUGGCGGCCACUCGUCUAACAGCUUCGAGGGAACAGGAAGGUAAACGUCAGAAGGAGAUUCCCGCUACUAACCACCUACCAGUAGUAUCUCCUGCUCAUGACUCAAAGCUGGAGGUCUCCCUACCUGACAAUGAAGUAUUUGGGUUCUUCCAUGAGGAUUAUCUCAGUAGGCAAGGACUGGUGACUCUAAACUGUGAUAAAUCUAAGGCACCAAUCCAGGCACAGUAUCGGGUGAAGGACAGACUCGGAGAGGUGUUUCUCCUUUCUGCUCAGAACGCCAGUCUCUUCAUAGAGCAGUUGCACAACUACGCCCAGACGCCUAAGGCGGAAGGUGUCACGUUGAACACCGAAACCUGUUUGUUGAAAGCGACAGAUGUCCGUCCCUCCCUGAACCAAAGUUGUCUGCCGGUGCCGUGUGACGCUUCAAGGGUAUUUUACCAGACGUCUGCAGUGGAAAUGGAAGUUGAGGUCUACUCACAAACUGUCACUGCUACAGACAUGACUUUCACACCACAAGGUGGCGCUGUCGAACACAUCGCAAGUCCCAAGGAGGACGGAUUCUCUACCGAUGCUCAGCAAACAUGUAUUCCAUCUGUUCUCUCAGUGAAUGUAAUUGUUCCUAAUAACACAAGAAGAACAAAUACAUAUGUAACUAAUGUUCCAAGAGAACCAACGGAAGUUACGAAUAUUCCAAAAAAGCGAACCGCUUCUGAAGUCGGGGAGAUUCUAGAAUCGUCCAGGAAGUCCGAAGUUACCGACAUUCUGAAAGAGGCUAUGGAUAUAGCGAACAUUGGUGUGGAUGAAGCAAUGGUGGGGGACACUGGCAGCGUCCCUGGAAAGGAAACUCGGGAGCUAGUUGUUCUUACUCCUUUCUGCUGGCUGGCUAAUACCUCAAUGGAUGCGUUUGCUAGAGAGUUUGAAAAGUUUGCCAAGGCUCCGGAUUCUGACGUUGUCGCAAAGCAGCAGUCGGUGACACCACAGACCACAGAUGGUGUCUCGCGCGAAACGUUUGAGACGACAUCGUCAACGGUGACACCACAGUCUCCAAAAGUCAUCACUACGGCCGUCACAGACCCAGUGGUCCUUGAGGACACUUCGAAAAUAACCAAAGUCACCCCACAGGACACUACAGACAUCCAGGAAAACAUGGACACUCGACACACCCAACUGGACAUUAAAGCUACCUCACAAAACGCGGAGCCGGAGGAUAUCCCAAUGGCCGCUGAGAGCUUCCCACGGCUCACUGAUGAGACCCGGCAGCUUGAGCACCCUGUGGACUCGACACAGGACAAUGACACCCCUCAGUUCACUGAAGACCCCCCACAGAAUACACAGGACAUAAGACUACUCGCAGAGGACACCCUGAAAGUCACUUUCACCGAGGUCACCCCACAGGCUACUGAGGACCGCACAAAAGCCACCGUGGAUACUCCAGAGGCUGUGGACACACUACCACAGAACAUAGAGGAGGACAGCUCGGAGGGAAUUGAGGAUAGCCGGGAAGUUACUGUAGACAGCCGGGAAGUUACUGUAGACAGCCGGGAAGUUACUGUAGACAGCCAGGAAGUUACUGUAGACAGCCAGGAAGUCACUGUAGACAGCCAGGAAGUCACUGUAGACAGCCAGGAAGUCACUGUAGACAGCCAGGAAGUCACUGUAGACAGCCAGGAAGUCACUGUAGACAGCCAGGAAGUCACUGUAGAUACCUCUGAGCACAUUGAGGACGCCCUACAAAUACAAAACACUGCAGACACCCUACAGCUCACAGUGGAUGCCCCAAUGGUCUCUGAAGAGUUCACCAAGGACACACGUGGUGCCACACGGAACAAUGGGGACACGCCACAGCUCCAUGAGGACACACCGGUCACUGAGGACACACUAAGAGUCCCCGAAGAGACGUCACAGGAACCCAAAGACCCCUCAAAGGUCAGCAGAGAUACCCCGAUGGUCUCUGAGGACACACUAAGAGUCCCUGAAGAGACGUCACAGGAACCCAAAGACCCCUCAAAAGUCACUGAAAACUCUCCACAGAAAACACAGGACACCCCAAAAUUCACAAAGGACAACCCAACUGUCUCUGGGGAUAUCGGACAAACUCCUGGAGAUGGCUCCCCACAGGAAAAUGAGAACAGCCCACUGGCAUAUCGCUGUAGUCUCUGCAACAAGGUUUUCAAAGGCAAACGUGUUAUAGCCCACGCCAUGUACCACUUCCGCAGGGACCAAUGUAUGUUCUGUAGGAUGCUGUUCAAAAACGACCUGCUCGCUAUGAUGCAUCUGUCCCAACACAUCGACAAGUUGAAAAAAGGAAACCUACCACCUGAUAUUGAGGAGGUCCGUGAGAACUGUAAAGCUGGGAUGUCAGACACGCCUGGACGCUCAACGCAGAGGGGGAGACGGGGACGCAAGAGGAUCCCUGUAAACUCCACCGAGUCAACACCUCCGGAUUACAGGAAGCUACGGUCGACCAAUAGGAUCUCCUCUAUAAACUCCUCGGAGUCAACUCCACCGGAUCGCAGGAAGCUACGGUCUAACCCUAAUCUACUGUCGACCAAUAGGCUAUCAACUGACUCUCAACCUUCACCAGAUACUAAACUCGCAACAGAAGAGUCUGAAGGCAAGCAGUCGACACAGAGGGUCAAUGGACAGAGGGGCAGAAGACGAGUUAAGGUUGAAGGAACUGAGGGUGAUGGUGAUACUCAGGCAGAGGAACAAGAAAAGAUCAGUAGGAGGCAAGAGGAGGAGCACUCGGCUCUGGAACAGAGGGAGGAACCCGUGGAGAUCGCUACUUCUCUGGUGAAGACAUCGACAGGUGAACAAGGGGGAACCUGCUCCUCUCCUCUGACAACGUUUUUGGAAGAAGGGGAGAAACCCUGUUCCUCGGCAAAGAUCAUGGAGGUCAACACAGAAUCUCAGGCUGUAUCGGUAACACAGGACAGGCUUUCAGUUUCACCUCUAGAGACCUCAGUUCAGGGUAAGGAGACCCCCGGAAGCUGCCCUGUGGAGGGAUGCACAGAGAUAUUCACUGGAAAACGGCGUUCUCUCCUCGGACAUAUUCUGGACGAUCACCGCGGCGACGCCAAACCCUUGGAAACGACGUUCCGUCACGGGAAUGGCAAAUGCAAUAUUUGCCAGAAACAUGUUUUGACUUUGCAGCAUUACCAGCACCACAUUUUAUGGCACAAAGGAAUUCCCAGGCAUCCCUGUCUACAUGAUGGAUGUAAAGCCCGGUUCAGUGCAGCGACAGAAAUGAGGAACCACGCGAAGACCCAUCAGCCGCUCCUGGCAGUGUGCUGCUUCCCAGGUUGUCGGGAGCGCUUGGCUUGUCUUCCGGAGCUGAACCGCCACGAACAAGAACACUAUCGUCUUCCAAAGGAAGGGAAGGAUGAAUCCGUUUCCUCUACCCUUGUCACCAAUACCACCUCUGUUAACGUGAUUAAACCGCGUAAGACGGGGAGGAAUAAGCUACAGGAGAUGCAGGGUGUAAAGAGACGAUGGCCUCUUAGAGAAAAGGAGGGAUCGGCAACGGACCUCACUACUACUGUAAAGGUAACCAGGAAGUAUGACUUGACCAAGACGUUAAAGAGAACGCAGGUCGUAAAGAAACGGCAUGUUCAUGGAGAUCCUCGUACUACUGACCCCUCUACCGUCUCUGUAAAGGUAACAAAUACGUUGAGGAAAUUGCGGGCUAAGAGGAAACCGUGUGUUGGUAAGAAAAUGGACGCUCCAACCACUCCCGUCACCACGUCCAAUGAAAAAGCGGAGCAAGCGAGCAAGAAGUUAAAGAUGAUUCAUAAGGUGAAGAAAGCGUGGGAUGUAAAGAGACAGAACGUUAGCGAAGACGAUUAUACCCCAACUGGUCCAACCACCUCCACCACCACUACCGCCACUGAAAAAGUUACCAAAAAGCUAAAAAUCAUAAACAAGUUGAAGAAAAUGCGAGUGAUUAAGAAACCGAACGUUAGCGAAGAAAAGGAUACCCAACUGGAUCCAGCCACCGACACAAAAGUGACAGAAAAGUUGAAGAAAACGCAACUUGUGAAGAAACCGAGUGUUGGAAAAGACCCCAGGAAGAUGUCAAACGUUAGCACAGACGAGGACAACCCCCCCCAACCUGUUCCUCCCACCGUCACUCCGAAAGUCACCGAGAAGUUACCCGUGGUGACCGAGAAGUUAAAGAAAACACAAGUUCUAAAGAAACAAAGAGUUAUCAAGGAACCCAAGAGGCCCGUUGGCAAAGAACCCAGGAAGACCUCCAGAAAACCUGUGAAGUCCAAGACCUCUGGUCCAGAGAAACAUGUUCAUGAAGUCACAGAAGUGGUAGGAGGUAAAUCAAAGGAAGAAGAUGAUAAACCGUUGGUGGAAACAUCAGACUCAUCAACAGCUAGCGAUGUCUGUGACCAGAAGAUGGUUAACGGACACGUAAAGGACCUCCCUAAAGAAUCGCCAAAAUACCAGAGGAGUCUUAAAACAAGUACAGUUUCCAAAUCCAAGAAAUGUGACCCACGAAACCAUAAACCUGCUACUCCCAAACCCCCUACAAAUACUCCCAAACCCCCUACAAAUACUCCCAAAACCCCUGCAAAUACUCCCAAAACCCCUGCAAAUACUCCCAAACCCCCUACAAAUACUCCCAAACCCCCUACAAAUACUCCCAAACCCCCUACAAAUACUCCCCAACCCCCUAUCAAGGAGGAAGCGAAAAACUCAACUUUCUUUGGGAAGAUUAACAACAGGCCAUACAUCCGGCCUCCACCCACGGCUUACCUAGACGAACGGUACACCACCAUGCCAAAACGCAGGAAAGAGAUGUCCUGGACCCCUCGCUUCUCUCCGACGCGCCCGGACCUCGUGGUGGAGGCGUCGGGGACCACGGCGACACCGUCCGUCCGUAGGCAGCGCUGCGCCAAGUGUUUCUUGUCCUUCGACAGUGGAGAAGAGUUGCAGACGCACGUCUCGCUGAAGAAGUGCGCUACCCUUUUCGGCUUCGACUCAGACGAGGACAGUAGCUCGUGAAAGCUGAUAGACAAGAGGACAUGUUUGGAUGUGCUGCUAGGGAAGGGGGUGGUGUGGGGGCUGUUGAACCCCCCCUCCAAAACCUGCUAGGAGUGUUGAACCCCUUUCGACCCUGCUACCUCACUGAGGGGCGACCAGGGUUUACAGGACUCUGACAUGACUUGCUGGCUAGUCUGGGACAGCCGUGCCAGGCCUCCCCUUGUGACUGAGGCUGGCAAUCUGAGGCGGCUACAACAGGAGACGCCUCUCAACCCUGCUACCCUUUUUAUUGACGAGGAUUCCUAAAGCGUUAACUCUUUUUUUACAUGACUUGCUGACUAGCCUGGGAUGUGACUGAAGUUGGCCCGGUUGGCUACAGCAGAAGACGGAGAACAGUAAAAGGGUUGUGACCAUUUCUUCCAUGUUCUGUCUCCCAUGGUCAUAGGAGUGACCUAUGACCUUUGAACCCUGACCUCAAAUCCAAAGUUCAAAGGGGUCUUUUGGGCUGACCGAUUUUUUUGAUUCGUCGACCAGGAAGCGUCUCUAAACUAAAGCCUUGAAGGACUUAUGAGGCGGACACUAUGAGGCCUGGCCUGGAUAGUUAAUAUAUUCUUUGUUUUUUGAUUUGUUUUCGACCGUAUUUACUUUGGACUGAAGAAGUGCCUGGAAUCCAACCUGCUACUUCCUGCUUCUCUUCUAUUGGUCAAUGGUCCAGGGGUUUCCUCCCAAUUUGGCAUCUUAUUCCCUCUAUAGUUGCACUACCCUAUGUGAGCCCUGGUCAAAAGCAGUGUACUAUUAAAAGGGAAUCAUUUGGGCCACGGAGACUCAUUGCCGGGGUCAAGGAGUGACUCUUGAAGAUGUGAGAACUGAUGUUAUGCAGGGAUGUUAACUAUACAAAAUGUUCAAAUAUUUAACACACACUAAAAAAAAAAAUGAUUUUUUUUAUUGCUCAUUGCUUUGCACUUGUCACUUAAACCCAAAACCCCCCUAGUGAGUUUUACAGUCAAACUGCCAAGGGGAACGAGGCUCCUAAACCCCCCUAGUGAGUUUAACAGUCAAACUGCCAGGGGGAACGAGGCUCCUAAACCCCCCUAGUGAGUUUAACAGUCAAACUGCCAGGGGGAACGAGGCUCCUAAACCCCCCUAGUGAGUUUAACAGUCAAACUGCCAAGGGGAAUGAGGCUCCUAAACCCCCCUAAUGAGUUUAACAGUCAAACUGCCAGGGGGAACGAGGCUCCUAAACCCCCCUAGUGAGUUUAACAGUCAAACUGCCAAGGGGAACGAGGCUCCUAAACCCCCCUAGUGAGUUUAACAGUCAAACUGCCAGGGGGAACGAGGCUCUAAAACCCCCCUAGUGAGUUUAACAGUCAAACUGCCAAGGGGGAAAGAGGCUCCAAAACCUCUUCUAUGGAUUAUAUGUUUACGGCCCACAAUGCAACAACGUGUAUAUUUAGAUAUCGUGUUGUUAGGCAACCGGUAACUGUCCAAAUAAAGGAAACCCUUGAGUAAAUGAGGGGAUACAGAAGUUUUGUAUAUGUGUGGGGUGCCAUUUUCCUGGCAUGGUCCAGGUCCACUUGUAGAAUCUAUGCCAAGGUGCAUUGAAGCUGUUCUGGCAGCUCGUGGUGACACGACACCUAUUUAAGACAUUUAUGUAAGUGUUUCCUUUAUUUUGGCAAUUACAUGUAUUUGAUCAAAUUUUAACCAGUUAUUAUGAUUUAUUUUUAUUUUUUUUAACUAUUGAUCCUCUGUGACUAAAUUCUGUUCAUUGAGAGCAUGCUCCUGUGAUUGGAUAUUUUUUUUACAACUCAAUAUUAUUUUAUAUAUAUAUUUUUUUGCUUCUUGGGCCCCAUAUGGGCUUGGGGUCCAGCCCCUGACUCACACCAAUUGACCCGUCACAUUUAUUUAUUAUGCAGUUUAUUUUAUUAAAUCAGUUGACCAAUCAAGGCAGGGCCCCGCCCAGUUACCCAAUCAAGGCAGGGCCCCGCCCAGUUACCCACGUGGAUGCCCCUGCCUCCUCUUCUCUCCCCUGUCUGAUAAAUUAGCAGAGCGGCAGCAGGCUGUCUAAAACUCAUUGACAGCGGGCUCCUGAAUCCUCCUGUGGUUGGCGGUUGCAGUAAAAUAAAUAAAAAUAUCUCUAUCUAAUAUAUACUGUAUAGAAGUGUCUUGGGCCCACCUCCCCCACAGGCCUGGGCCUUAAUCUGGCCCUGUAUGUAGGGAACAGGUUGCAAUGUGCAAAGUGUCUUUCAUUUCCAUAAUACCGCUUAAAUUUACUAUAAUACGAACAACCUGUUUGAACAUAUUAGCCAUCAGGACUAAACAACAACAACAACCUGUUUGAACAUAUUAGCCAUCAGGACUAAACAACAACAACAACAACAACCUGUUUGAACAUAUUAGCCAUCAGGACUAAACAACAACAACAACAACCUGUUUGAACAUAUUAGCCAUCAGGACUAAACAACAACAACAACCUGUUUGAACAUAUUAGCCAUCAGGACUAAACAACAACAACAACAACAACCUGUUUGAACAUAUUAGCCAUCAGGACUAAACAACAACAACAACAACCUGUUUGAACAUAUUAGCCAUCAGGACUAAACAACAACAUCAACAACAACCCGUUUGAAGCCAUCAGGACUAAACAACAACAACAACAACAACCUGUUUGAACAUAUUAGCCAUCAGGACUAAACAACAACAACAUCAACAACCUGUUUGAACAUAUUAGCCAUCAGGACUAAACAACAACAACAACAACCUGUUUGAACAUAUUAGCCAUCAGGACUAAACAACAACAACAACAACCUGUUUGAAGCCAUCAGGACUAAACAACAACAACAACAACCUGUUUGAAGCCAUCAGGACUAAACAACAACAUCAACAACAACCCGUUUGAAGCCAUCAGGACUAAACAACAACAACAACAACAACCUGUUUGAACAUAUUAGCCAUCAGGACUAAACAACAACAACAACAACAACCUGUUUGAACAUAUUAGCCAUCAGGACUAAACAACAACAACAACAACCUGUUUGAAGCCAUCAGGACUAAACAACAACAUCAACAACAACCUGUUUGAAGCCAUCAGGACUAAACAACAACAUCAACAACAACCCGUUUGAAGCCAUCAGGACUAAACAACAACAUCAACAACAACCUGUUUGAAGCCAUCAGGACUAAACAACAACAUCAACAACAACCCGUUUGAAGCCAUCAGGACUAAACAACAACAUCAACAACAACCUGUUUGAAGCCAUCAGGACUAAACAACAACAUCAACAACAACCUGUUUGAAGCCAUCAGGACUAAACAACAACAACAACAACCUGUUUGAAGCCAUCAGGACUAAACAACAACAACAACAACCUGUUUGAAGCCAUCAGGACUAAACAACAACAACAACAACCUGUUUGAAGCCAUCAGGACUAAACAACAACAUCAACAACCUGUUUGAAGCCAUCAGGACUAAACAACAACAACAACAACCUGUUUGAAGCCAUCAGGACUAAACA